AUGAGGAAAAAUAAAUCACAACAAGUAAAUAUAUCAGCUGGAUGUGGUCAUGGUUAUGUCUCGUUAGAAGAAAAUUCGUAUGUUAUUUAUAUUCAAGGAGGUACAUUUAAUGAAGUAGAUGAAAUGCAUGAUAAAGAUAACAGUGCACUAAUGUUAGAUGAAGCAAAGAAAAAAUGGAAUGAAAGACAUUCUAUUCUAUUAUUAAAGAAAUAA